AUGAUUGAUAUAUGAGUCAGAAUUAAUCCAUUUAUAAUGGGAGCAAAUAUCAAUAAAAUUGAAAAGCAAAAUUCAACCAAAGACUCAGCUGAUUCCGAAACCACAGAAAGCAGUGAAUUAGACUUGACCACUACUGACUUAAACAGUUAUAAUAUUAAAGGAAACUCAAAAGCAGAACUGCUAAAAUCCAUAGUUUCGAACUAUGCAUUAAUGAAUAAAAGGAUACAAGAAACUAAAGCAAGCAUAAAGAAAAGCCAAAGAAAGCCAAAAAAAAAGAAAGACAUUUCCUACAAAAAUUAA